AACAUUAAUUACGAGAUUAAAAACUUAAGACAGAUAAAUCCAUAUAAUGAUUGGUACGAAGUUAUACAAAGAGCAUCGCAUUUCAUCAUCUAUGGAAGAACCAAAACCACCUGUAAUUGCUCCAACUCUUCAAACUCCUAGUUCCAAGAAGAGGCCACUCGACACUGAUAAUUCCAAUUCCAAUUACUUCAAGAUUCGUGCCCUUAUUCGAGAUCUUCGCCCCCAUUUUAUCCAGGUUCUCCAAAUUCCUGACUACAAAAAUUGCAAGGCAUCCCAUGAAAUUCGAGACCAACUGAAAACUGUGCUGAAGUUAUACAAUGAUAUGAAAGCGCAAGUAGUUUCGCAAGCGAAGCAGCAGGCUCAACAUGUCAAGUCUUCAGAGCAAUCUCAAGUAGAGAAAUCAUUUGCGCGACCAUCUGUAGCUGAAGACAGUCAGACACCCGGCACAUACGUUAUUGGAGGAUCCGCUUUUGGAUGGAAUUUCAUCACUUUUCCAGCCGCACAUCCUGUCUAUUAUGGUAGGACAAAGGAACAAUUUCGAUCAGAAAAAGUGACCGAGUAAUCCUUGGGCGCACAAUCACAGACUUACUACGUGCACAACCUGUCCAUCGGAACACCUGUUCAUUCAACCAAAAGUAUAGUGUAUUAUCAGUUUCUAUAAACUUACUAUUUUUUUUUCCCUUAGUCCUUUUUCUAUUAACAUUUUUAAAAUUCAGCAAGAGACUCGUACAUGUUCUGUCAUAUUUUUAGUAGCAGUUGGACUUUUCAUUAUGAAAGCAAAACAUGUUUUUUUGUUCAUUAAAAGUUUACUGAAAAAGGAAAUUUUUGUAUCUUGUGCAAGUUAUGUAACUCUUUUAUAUGAGCUCCUAUUAUUCUA